CCGAGUUGCAGCCAAAGAUGAAGGUUAUCGCUGCUUUUCUCCUCGCCAAACUCGGGGGAAACGAGAGCCCAACCAAAGAUGAUUUGAAGAAUAUCUUCGAGUCCGUUGGUGCUGAGUUCGAUGAGACGAAGAUAGAUUUGUUAUUUUCUUUGGUGAAGGAUCAUGACGUGACCGAGCUGAUCGCGGUUGGGAGGGAGAAGAUGGGGGCACUCUCUUCGGGUGGUGCAGCUGUUGCUAUGGUGGCUGGAGCUGGAGGAAACGCUCCUUCCGCAUCUGAGCCAGUGGCUGAGUCCAAAAAGGUUGAGGAAGAGAAAGAGGAGUCGGACGAUGGUGAAGGCAUGAUGAGUCUCUUCGAUUGAUUUAGUUUUUUGUUGGGUUCAACGGAUUAUUCAG